CCAUAUAAACCCUCGAACUGACCUCAACACCACAUUCCACACCACUCCCAAACAAUCACCACCAUGUCCACAGAAGCUCUGGUCUCAAUUGACCUCCAAGGCAAGCUCAAGCGCAUAGCCUCAGGCAAAGUGCGCGAUGUCUUCGAGAUUGACGACGAAACCCUCCUCUUCGUGGCCAGCGACCGCAUAUCUGCCUACGAUGUCAUAAUGAAGAACGGCAUCCCCCAAAAAGGCGCCCUCCUAACCGCCAUGUCCGCCAACUGGUUCACCUACCUCUCUACCCACCUCCCCUCCCUCCGCACCCACAUCAUCUCCUUCGCCCUCCCCGCCUCCCUCACCACCUCCCUCCCGCAAGAAACCGUCGCCCAGCUCGCGCCCCGCAGCAUGCUCGUCCGCCGCCACACAAUCUACCCCCUCGAGUCCAUCGUCCGCGGCUACAUCACCGGCUCCGCAUGGGCCGAGUACACCAAGUCCCAAACCGUCCACGGCAUCCCGCUCCCCGCGGGCCUGCGCGAAGGCGACAAGUUUCCCGAGCCGCUGUGGACGCCGUCAACCAAGGCCGAGCAGGGUGACAAGGACGAGAACAUCUCGCCCGCGCGCGCCGUCGAGAUCGUCGGGCAGGCGGCCGCGUACAAGAUCCGGGACCUGUCCCUCACCAUCUACAAACUAGCCGCGGAGCGGGCGCUCGCGGCGGGGAUCGUACUGGCGGACACGAAGUUCGAGUUCGGGGCGGCGGAGGACGGGAGCGGGGAGGUGGUGCUGGUGGAUGAGGUGCUGACGCCGGAUAGUUCGCGGUUCUGGCCCAGGGAGGGCUGGGAGGCGAAUCUGGGCAAGGCGCAGCCGAGUUUCGAUAAGCAGUUUCUCAGGGAUUGGUUGGUGGGGGAGGGGUUGAAGGGGCGGGAGGGGGUGGAGGUGCCACAGGAGGUGGUGAGCAGGACGGCGGAGAAGUAUAGGCAGGCGUAUGAGAUGAUUACGGGGGAGAAGUGGGUGUAA